AUGGAUCAAGGACCUCCCGACAGCAAGCGCAUGCGCUUCUGGGAGCCGUCUGGUGCUACGCGGCCGCAUCCUAAUACUCAACCUCUUCCUCCGUCGUCCCAUCAUCCCCUUCCUCCUCCCUCUCACGCGCCGCAUGCUUCGUCGAACCAGCUGCCGCCGCCGCAGCCGCCUCCCCAAGGCCCCAACCACCACUAUCACCACCACUCGGCCAGCGCCAGCCCGUAUCAAUACCAGCCUCGAGCCCCGGAGCUGCCUCUGCCUGCGCCAACGCCGGUGUCACUCCACGGGCAUGCCCAACAGCACCCAGAGAUUGAUCGUCGACACUCGGAUCAAGAGACUCUCGCCCCCAUGCAGGAUCCGUACCGUCAACCGCCGCCGCCGCCGCCGCCGCAGCAGCACCACCCGGGGCUUCAGCAUCCGGGAUCGCAGCACCCUAUGUCUCCAGCGCAUGCGCAAUAUCAGUAUCCCGGACGAGACGCCAUAGUAAAGCGAGAACCUGGUGAUGACCUCCGAAGACCAAACUCGACGGGACAUGCGCCAGACGCUCAUCCACCGACACCCCAGCAGCAGCAGCAGCAGCAACACCCUCCUCCUCCACCUCCCGCCUUCCAAGAUAACCCGCCACCUCCACGACACAUGAAUUACGAGAACCAGCCGUCUAUGCCCCCGACUCCUGGAGCCUAUCGCGCCCCGAGCUUUCCUCCUGGGCCUCCUACACCGGUCGCGCAACAACAGCCUUAUGAACAAAACCCCAAUUUUCAGUCCCAAGAGCCCUUCUACAGCGUCUACUCAAGCGCGGCGAAGAAGAAGAACACAAGGGCUUCACAGGCAUGUGACCAGUGUCGGCAGCUUAAAGCUAAAUGCGACGAGCUGAAACCGUGUAAAACGUGCAGAGACAAGGGCACAGAGUGUCGAUACCGCGAUCCAGUGCCAAAAGCAACCGACAAGGCGCAGUCAGACAUUCUGGACGGCAUCAACAGCAUGCAAUCUACGCUUCAGUUCAUGUCAGAACGUUUUGGAAACAUUGACGACAGACUGACCAAGAUAGAGUCCGCCUUUUCAAGAAUACCACAGUUUUUUGAGGAAUUUACGCCAAGGACCAUUCCUAAAAAGGAGAUUGAAGCUGCACCACUAUCCCACCCAAGCCCGCCGCCACCACCGCCGCCUCACAUGCCGCUAGAAGAGCCACCGAUCAGCCACUCUUCCGUAGCUGACAUGUCUCGGGAUCAGCCGGUAAAGUCUACUGAAACGGUACCUGAAGCAAUGUCUACUGAUGCCGUGGCCAUGGCCUUUGGCACCGAGGACGAUAUAGAAGCAGAACCUGGCCCUCCUGUACCUCCAGGCGAGCCUGCCAUCCCUAUUAACCAUACGACUUUGGCUGGGCUUCUCUUAGAUUGGGAUCCGAUCAAAGAACUGACACGGUCCCACCUGGAGCGUGAGGGCAUCAAAUUUGUCAGCGAGUACCCUAUUAGUCUGGAGCAGAGCCGCGGAAUCCUCAAGGUGUACGGGCGAGGCGAAGACUCUCACCAGCGACUUUCUAGAGAGGCGACUGCCGAUCACGGAAACGCAGAAAUUGGCGAUGAUAACAUGUCAGACAUUAUAGCUUCCUCUCCCGCUGCGGACUGGGGUCAGCUUGGAGGCGGUCUGAGUCCUGGCGAUCAGAUUGAGUACCGGGGCGGCGUGCUUGGCCCUGACGGAAACCCAGAUUUCAGCGAACACAAGGUUGCGGCCUACCUCCCUACUGCGAAUCCAAAGGUAAAGGCUCAACCUUUGACAUCGACUUUCGCUGUGCCCCAGCCUCAGGAGAUGACUGGCGCCAAAAGAAAGCGAAGUCCCGAUCCAGCUGUGCCUGUACCGCCAUCUUCCCAGCGUCUCGGCAAGCCUAGUCGUUCCAUUCAUAGCGCGCUCAUUCUCAUCGUCUUGGCCCUUGGUAAAAUCUGUAUGUACCAAGACGAAGUUCCUGACGUGAUUUUCCCGGUCGACCCAAUCCCUCAUGGGAGCCCAGUUAGUCGCAACGGGGUUCCUCCAUCGCCUAUUCAGGGCUCGCCCCCGUCCUUCUCAAACCACUCCCACUCCUCUGGCUUCCCUUCACCCAGGGACCAAGAACGCGGCUACCAGAGCAGGAGAUCAUCUAUCCACGGCGCUUCCAGUGCGUCCGGGACCGCCGCCGUUCGCGCAGGGUACAGCUUGAAGAAGAACUACGAGGUGAUUCCCGGCUUGGAAUAUUUCGCAUUGGCAACGGACAUUCUUGGAAACCACCUCGGCGCGUACAAUAAUAUGAAGAACGUCUACGCCAACAUUUUUGCUGGGUUGUAUCACGGCCAGCUCGCGCGACCGUUGGAGAGUUUUGCCUUUAUCCACAAAGCAAGCCACAAGUUGCAAGUUCUUAUGAGACCGAGUUUGGACAAGCUAAAGAAGAUCAAGACCAACAUGGAAUUCAUCCAAGAGGGCAAAUACAACCAGCUUGCACUCGCCUUUUGGACGUGUCUGCAACUAGAGAGUGACUUGAUUGCUGAGCUUCCACUCCCGCCCUCUGGCCUUUUGCAGUAUGAAAACGACAUGCCUCAACCCAACAUGAGCCUUCUCCAGGGAUUCGAUCAGAGGGUUGUAGACAGCUACCCCGCGCAACUCUAUCUCCGAACGCAUCUAAACAGCAUCCAUCGCAUGUUUUACUCUCCUGAUGAUUCCAGCAAGCCUGAGAAACUGAAGAAUGUGAGAUUAGUGGCAGAUGGCGUGUCUGGCAUGUCAUGGGUUCCGCCCAGCUUCCGCUUUAACGAGACCGACCCCCCUGCCAAUGAUAUCCUUUCGGCGCGCCUCAGAGCCAAGUACUGGGGAGCGCAGAUGAUUACCUAUCGUCCAUUUGUCCGUCAGAUUCUGCAGUGGUCCUACGAGUUGAAACGCCACCCCCAAAGCCCACAUGCUGGCGUCCUGUCAGAGUAUCGCUAUGGGGUCAUCGCGCCAUUCAUCCCUCCGAAUGUGAAGAAGUCAAGCGACCUUGAUCGCUCCCUCAUUGAGUUGGCUCGAAAGGGUAUCUAUGCGCUUAUCGAAAGCACACGAUCAUUCCACGGACUCGGGGAGAAGCGGCCCAUUAUUACCAACGUUUUUGGCACGGCUCAUGCUCAAUGGGGUAAUCUCCUCGUCCUAGCUGCCGCCUACAAGGAUAAUAUCUUGCGCGACUUCAUACCCAAGGAGCUAUUACGCGAGCUAUUUCACAAGACGAUUGCAUUCCUUCGACAAUCUGCGACGCACACGAGUUCUCUGAGGAUCGAUAUGCACAUUUUGGAGGGGCUCCAACGUGAUCUGUUUCCCUCGGAUGGAAGAAUGGCCUCGAGCUUCUCUAGCAACACCGGCCACCAUACUCCCAAGCUUCCCAUGUCGGCACCACCACUUGGCGGCGAUGCUAGCAUCCAACCACCUCUGCCGCCACCGCCACACCAAUCGCCUCACCAUCAGCAG